CAAUGCAUAUGUAAUCAAUCACGUAAAGAGCAUUGUUUCGAGUCAUAUUGAAUGCUUGCUUGACGCGUUCACAACGUUUCAAUAUUCAUCUCCACAUGUAAACUCUGAAAAUGGAGUAUCAACUUCUGUCUAGACAAAAAAUAAACCAUGUUCGCGGAUUUAUUGUGUAUCAAGAGUGCGAAAACCAAGGUCAGAGUGCGAUGGAAUAUUUGUUGCUAAAAAAGAAACUGGAAAACGAUUGGAGUCCGCCAAAGGGGAAACGGGAAAGAAAAUCUGAUGGAAAAUGGGAAAACGAAAUUGAAACGGCACGCAGAGAGACUAAUGAAGAAACUGGUUUAAUUGAAGGAGUGGAUUUCAAGUUGUUGCAUCACAACAUUUGUUUCCAGGUCAGUUUAGAAUACACGAAUCCUUCCAACAUCCGCAAGAUAGUAACUCUUUGGCCAGCAAAGUUGCAAAGUUCGUGCGUAAAGGUCAUCCGUCUUUCUCAAGAACAUGAAGAGUUUCGAUGGUUCAAGACGGAUGAAGGCAUAAAGAUUAUUAAAGACGAGUACAGAGCUGCCUUGAAGCAGGCAAUCAAUCGGAUCAAUAAUUCCUAACAAUAAUACGUAUUACGUGCCAUAAAAUAAAAUUUCGUGCAAAAUCCAUCUUCAAA